UGCUACCUCAACAACAUAUGUCCUCCUCCGAAAGUUUUCUAUCUGGGACAAUGCUUCGAUCUACAACGACUUACUCAGGUUUUGACUUUUUUUGUUGAAUUAUCAAAUGGUUAUCGGGUUUUCAUAAAGCUUCCUAUGGAAGGGAAACUUUCCACUGAAACAACAAUUAUACUCAAUACUCGGCGAAUUCUCUAUGAGGAUUUCUAUAUCGAUGAUUACAACCUUCCUAUACCCUCCGUAGACCGAGUGCUCGGAAAUAUGCCUACAAGUCACAAAAUUGACGGUACAUGGUUGUUUUUCACUGUUUGUUUCAUAUGUUCACAAUUGGGCGUGGCUAAUCUUUCAAGAAUCUCCGGAGCUGUUGUCAUAUUCUCAUUUUUGGGGAUAUUUCUGGGUUUUUUGUCAUUGUUACUGACUGGUUACUACAGGGUCUUUGAUAAGUUCAUCGAGGUCCUCAACAAUGAUGCGACAUAUUUAUUUAGUCUGGAUACUUGGAUUGAAGCGACAGUUGUUUCACUGCUACUUCUGUCAGUAGGAGACGGCACGCUUCAUUCUCUGGGAGCAACCAGUUCAUUUGGAAACGACAUGGCAAGGGAUGUGAUUGAAAUGAUCGCCUUCAACAUUUUCGCAAUGGUUUUAUACAGUAUCCUGUUUGGUAUGACUACAGUUGUCGGACUUGAACUUCAAUAUCGACAUCACAGACGAAUCGACGUGCCUGCUGAAACUCUAACUAUUUCUGUUAAGGUACUGAUAUCGGAGGAUGUGCUCAUUCUAAUUUACCAUUUCUUUCCUGCAAUGCUCAAAAUAAACAGCGCUCUUGUGCGCCAUUGUGUAACGGGUCUCAUGUAUAUCGGCGUUUCCGUGGUCUACUUUUUGUCAACCUAUACAGAAUGGAUCGAGCAGUCAUAUAGCGUGGUGCAUAUAGCGAUCUGUGCAAUGGUCUUAUGGGAGUGCAUAUCGGUGUUUUGGAAUUAUACCACUUAUCGUUUACUAGUGAAUAUCAGAACAAUGGGUUCAGCAUCAACCCCAGCAAUAGUGUACGAGCAGAAUAUCAGUGUCUUCCUUCAUUUUGUCUGGCGCUACGCAGUACCUGCUGCUUUACUGGCUGCCGCGGUGUUCGGAAUAUUAUCAAAAACGGCCUUCAUCGAACUUUCUUGGACAUCUAUAACCACUACCUUCAUCUGUGCUUUCCCAAUGCUGUAUGGCAUCAAGACGAUGACAUCAUGCUGGUAUGGAAACGGUGUAAUGUCAAGUCUCUUCCGCACCACAGAAAUAUGGGGCCCAUUGUCGAUACUGCAUAAGAAGAUUUCAGAAUAUGAUGAGAAGGCAGCUCGAAUCACAGCUUAA